CAGCCCCAACUACAUCAAGUGGUGCUGAGAUGGACUUGCUUGGUUCUCUGUCGGAGUCGUUUUCUUCCAACGCAUUGGCUAUUGUGCCAACUAUGUCCGCAUCCCAAAUCUCUGAAGCUGAUGAGACUGCAAACUCUGGUAUUGGAUCCACAUUUAUGGCAACACAGUCAACAUCCACCAUCUCUCCUCAGCCGUUUGAUGAUCCAUUUGGUGAUGGACCAUUUAAAGCUGUCCCUUCAACCGACAGUCUUGCCGUGCAACCCCCGAGUACUGCUUCUGCAUCUUCCUUAAAUCCUACCACAAACAAAAGUUUUGAACCACCCCAAGCUGUUGCCCAGGAUUUUGGGAACACAUUUCUUGCCAUCACUUACAUGCCCUCCGAUGCGUCCAAUGUUGAACUUCCUUCGACAAACCCACAAUAUGUGCACCAGGAUUUGUCGACGACUCAUCAAAAUACUGAUAUUUUAGCAGAUAUUCUUCCACCAUCGGGACCUUCACCUAACAUGGCUGCACAGAAUGCUUUUCCUGUUCCAACCAGCCAAUAUGCAUCACAUACAGGUUUCCCAGCUCAAACUGGCCAGCCUGCAUCACAGACAGGUUUUCCUGCUCAACCUGGCCAGCCGGCACCCCUUACAGGGUUUCAACCUCAAUCUGUCCAACAUGCAUCCCAGACAAGUUUUGCACUUCAAGCGGGACAGCCUGUAUCACAGACUGGUUUUCUGGCUCAAAAUGGCCAACCUCCUGCCUUGACAGGAUAUCCAGGUCAAGCAGGUCAACCUGCAUCACAGACAGGUUUUCCAGUCCAAAGCGGUCAACCUACACCUCUUGUAAGUUUUCCAUCUCAAAUGGGCCCUGUGUUGAAUACAGGUUUCCCUGCUCCCAGUGGCCAAUCUGCACAGCCAAAUGCUAAUUUCUAUGGAGGUUUCCACCCACAGUCUGGGUCUACAGCUCCGGUGUCCCACAUGGCCCAAUUUCCUACUGGACCAAACACUGCGAACUUCCUUUCACAAUCAGGUUCUGUAGCCCUAGGAGCUUCACCAAUUGGUUUUCAAACUCCCCAAGUGCGACCCAGCACUCCCAUGGCCUCGCAGCAAGCUCUCCCUGCUUCAACUGGAUCUCUUGCUAUGGUUCCUCAACCAGCAAAAGACAAGUUUGAGACCAAAUCCACUGUUUGGGCUGAUACCCUUAGCCGAGGACUAGUUAAUCUGAACAUAUCCGGAGCUAAAACAAAUCCACUGGCUGAUAUUGGAAUUGAUUUUGAUGCCAUAAAUCGCAAGGAAAAGAGGAUGGAGAAACCUACUACAGCUCCUGUGACAUCGAAUGUUUACAUGGGCAAAGCUAUGGGUUCUGGUUCUGGGAUUGGCCGUGCUGGCGCUGGUGCUCUUAGGGCUCCACCAAAUCCCAUGAUGGGUUCUGGUAUGGGUAUAGGCCUGGGUGGUGGUCCUGUUGCAGGCAUUGGCAUGGGAGGUUAUGGAGCAGUAAAUCAGCCCAUGGGUGUGGGGAUGAGAACGAAUAUGGUUGGGGGGCAAGGAGUACCUAUGCAGCCACCAACAGGAUUUCCUCCUGGAUCUACCAUGCCUGGAGGUUAUAAUCCCAUGAUGGGCCCUGGUGGUUAUGGUCAGCAACCUUAUGGUGGUGGCUAUCGAUGAGAUUGAAUCACCUCUAUGCACAGAAAUUUGAGAAAAGUAUUGAGUGCCUGUUUUUGUUAUUAUUGUGAAAGGUUGGCCCGUGGAUCCGCUCGGUACCCUUUCAUUGUGUAAGGUCCUAAUUUUGGUCAUCACUGGUGAUUUUCUGAAUCAAGACUCGUAGCAUGUAUGUUUGUUCAUUCUCUCAAGUUUUCGUCACAGUUGAUUACCUUAUAAUUUCCUUUGGAUCGAUAACAAGAGAGUGAGUUCUGUAGGUGCUCUAUUGUUCUCGAAGCUGUUGUGAAGUUGUAUACCAUUGAGUACCACCUUUCUUAGGUUGCCUUUUUCUUUUUUCUUUUUUUGUGUUUUUAUCCCAUAUGUAAUGUAUUUUUUUGUAUGCUCUAAGUACUUGUUGAACAAUAAAU